AUGGUUGUGACCAAGACGAGCGGCGUGCUUCUGCUGCAGGCGGCCGCCUUCUUCUCGGGUGUGGCCGCCCGGUGCACCCAAGCUUGCUCUCCCGACGAUCCCGUGCUCGUCCUCCUCCGCUCCGACGAUGCGGCCCUCCCCUUUUGCAGCGACUUUCUUGGCCUUCCGGUAUCCACAGUCAGCGCGACGGUAACGCCUACAGUUGUGGCCACCGUGACCGAGACGAGCUAUGUCACUGAAGUAGUCACCGAGAUCGACAGCACGGUUACCGUCACAGUUCCUGCGUCGACAACUACACUGGCGCCUAUAAAGCGAAACAUGGCAAAGCGGUCCGUAGCCUACCCAACCUGGCUGCCCACCACAUACCUCGCGAAUCGCGUAUCGUCGGCCUGCGCUUGCCUCAGCGUUCCCCUGUCCGUGGCCACCAACACCGCAACCGCCGAGGCAGUCACCCUUACCGCGCCCGUUACCGUUACCGAGACCACGACGAACAUACUCCACUCGACCGUCAUCGUCACCGAGACGGCCAAGCCCCUUGUCAGUAAGCGACGCGCCACGAUCGAAAUCCUCCGGAAAGAUACACAAGCGUCUGUGGGAUGGCUCUUUAACAGUAACGGCCUGGCCAUCACCUCCAAUGCUGCGCAGGCUAUACCGGUCAACUUCACCCUGACCCCUGGCGCGACCACGGGAUCGGCUGUGCGCAUAUAUCUGGAGGACAUGACACCACUAGCGCUAGGAUUUGUCAAGACGAGCAAUCCCACCAACGUCGUGGAUGGCUCACUGGCCGCAGUUCAGCCAACACCGCCCGGCUCGCCCCCCGUCGCCUCGGGCAGCGACAAGUAUGAGUCCGACAUUUGGACCGUCGACACGGAAACAAGAAUCAUCGGCUGGCAAUGGGUCGCCACCAGCGGAGCUCUCCCGACUAUUCACCUAUACCGCGUCGGCGGGCGCCUCUACCCCGUCGGCAAUGUCAACGAUUUCAUGGUAGCUACGGGCGGUGUAAGCUCGUCCAAGUAUGAGGUUGUCUUUAGGUACAGUGUGGUUUCCGAGUCCUGAGGCCGCAGUGAAUAGUUGAUCUUGCUACUAUCUUGCAUCAAGUGUCAACAACAGGGGUACGAGAGGUGAGAAGCUGCGGAGUGUAUUGGAAAGUAUAAUCUAUCUGAGGAGAAAGCCAGUUCUUAUUGCUCUGUACAAUCGGCGCCAGGUGAGGUCUGAACCAAGAUCUCGCGGGAUCUGUUGUCCAACUCGUGGGAAAAGGGGAAAGUAAAAGAAUUCCAAAUCGAACCAAACCGUGGUUGAAGUAUGCCUGGAGCAGCAC